AAAAUAUAUUCUUUAAAUGCACGGACUUACACCUCUCUGCUUUGUGGCGGGUUUCUGAUCGUAACAAAAUAAUAAAAAGCGGGCUCGGUUAAGUCGAUUCGUUUAUGCUAGCUAGUAAAAAAGACAUUCGACCUGACCUCCUCAUCCGAUCAUCAGACUUUGGAUAAAUAAAUUCGUGUUGGUCGGUUGUUCGUGAUGCAAGGAAGUGAAGCACAAUCUGCAUCUAUUCCAGUUGAUGUUGCACAAGAAUAUGUGUCAAAGCUACUUGGCUUCGCACCUCUUCAACUUUCAGAUGACUUGUACAAUGUGAUCAUUACUCAGUUGGAACAAAUGAUAAAUGAAUUCAGCGAGAAGUUGUUAGAUAAAUUUGAAUCAAAAUUUACAACAGCGAAAAUUCAGUCACUCACGUACUACUUAAAAGAAAAACUCGAAAACCGUCUUUUAGAUAUGUUCGAUUCUUUCGAUAUAUUUUUGGUCAGUAAAGUACUGUACCUGAAUCCCUCAGUAGUUCUGAAAGAUGAUGAACUUCAAUUAGCUUACUCUAAAAGUCGUGAAAAAGCUAUUGACGAUCGUAUUGUUACUUAUACAAAUAGAAUUGCAGUACUGAAAACAUGCCUAACAAAAAUUGAACAAGAAACAGCUAAAAUUAAUUCAAUUGUAGAUAACAUAAAGAAUAUGAAGAAUCAUAUCAACCAAACGUUGGAAAAUGCUUAUGGUGUUAAAUCAGUCGACGAUCUAUGCCUUUCAAUACAUGAACGGAACAAUUCAAUACGCCGACUGUAUACGGCUUUGACCAACAUGAAUAUAUCCAGUCAUAAUGUUUCAUCAAUUUGUUCACCUUUAAAGAAAAGAAAAAAAUAUAACAGCAAAUAAUUUCCGCCCUAGAAAUUUCCUUGAAAAGGGAUGUGUAUGUGAUUCACCGGAUAUAAAUAUAUGUAUAUAACUGUUGUACAGUAUUAUAUAGUUUUUAACAUGUAAUGUAUCAAUCCAGUGUAUCUAUUGUUUUUAUAUUCCUUGUAUUUUAUUCAAAGAAUUAACAUUAUAUAUUCAAGAUUUUUUAAUAAUUACAAUUC